AUGAAGCAAUCACAUCUGUGUCGACGGCUUCUGUGUGUUUUUCUUCUUUUUGUGGGUCUGGUGCUGCACGGCGUGGAGGCGCGUGCCUCAGCGGAGUCGGAGUUGGUCUGCUCGCCGGUAUUGGUCGAGCCGAGUCAAUGGUCCUACUGCACUAUCAACGUGAGAGAUUCACAACAGGAGCCGACAAUGGCCUUUGAGGUGGGAGAGUUUUCUGUCGCAGCGUACAGUUCAGUGUCGAAUGUCACUGUAAAUGUAACGUCGCUGCGGCGCGGCGACGAUGUAACAACGGUGACGUUUGCGGUAUCCGCCUCAGAGGGCACGAACAUCAUUGUGAACGCCGUGUAUGUGUGGGGCUCUCAGAGCGCUCCGAUUCGUAACAGCGGUUUGGUGGUGUCCGUCAUGUCGUGGCCUGCGGUGCGCAUGGGGCCCAUCGUAUGCGAUGUGCCUGCUGCUGGCCUCGUUCUUCGCAGCACGACGACGUGCAGUGCACGCUUGUACCACGCCAGCAAUCGUGAAGCGGUUGUGCAUGAGAGUGAAAUCGCAUUUCUGGAGGAGAAGAACCUGGGAACCUUCUUAUUCAUUUCUGGUAUGCGGAGUCUUGUAUUUAACUUCACCGCAGCCAGCUCCCCGACCAUAACAGGGGCAUCCUUCGCCCUACACGUGACCCUCAAUGGGGGAAGUUCCACAUACUCGGUGAAGUUCCCCCUGCUCUGCCCCGAGUUGUACCCUGUGGCGUCCUCCUCCUUGCUGGUGUGCUCCAACGAGACAUUACCCAUCGCUUGUACACUGCGUGCCGCCGAUACAGUGGGACCAGUCCGAUUGAAUCUCGAUCACUUCCGAUUAGUGAUCGAUAUGCUCGAUGAAGAAUCAAGCAGCAGCUCAAAAUGGGUGGACAAGACGAAUGCAUUCGAUAUCUCCUUUCAUCCCUUGAAGCAGGCGGAGACCGCAGUACUAUCCUGGAAGCUGAAGGUUAAUAAUAUGAUCAAUUCCGGUCGCCUGCAUGUGUACGUCAUGCCGCUUUCAGGAGGAGGAGGAGGAGGACAGACUGGUGGGGGUGGCAACACCAACAACAGCAAGUUUCUAGAAGUGCGCGGUUCGCCGUUCACAUUUCUCUCUGGUGUCGUACCCAACGCUGCGUAUGUGUCACUACGCGGCUGCCGCGUUGCGAUGAUAAGCAGUGGCAACCGCACGCAGUGUUUUAUUGAUCUCCAGAACGGUGUCACGGGUGACGUGCGGUACUUCCACCUUGCUAGCACCAUUGAAGCCAGCAUUGACAACAUGCAAUACUUGCCAGAAGACCCCGUCUUCCAUACACCGGUUGUGUCGUUCGCGUACACCGCACCAGUUGUAGAGCGGCGCACGGAGGACUUUAUCACGCUCCUCGUCGGGGGGCAGAGCGCGAUUCGGUCGCCGUUCCGCAUGAACGUGUUCCCGCUCCGCACAGACACAGGCGGCGACGCUGCCGAGACGCUCGGGGCACACAACGCCGUCAUUAUUGCCGUGGGGCUCGCCUUCUUUGGGGUCAUAAUUGGCGGCGGCUCCUUCAUUGCGUUGCAGCGCAGCAUCCGAAUCAACCGCAUCCGCAGCGAGCGGGCGCUUCAAAAGGCGAAGAUGCAAGAAGAGAUGGAGGGGCGCACGGCGGGUGGGCAGAUCAGCAUCGAUGCCGUGCCGCAAGCACAGCGCCACCAUGAAUCGGAAAGUGACUAA